ACGGCAGAGAAGACAGUGUCUUUCGGGUUGCUGCGUUGUCUAUGUCGGGAGUUAUAUUCAUAUGUGAGUUGAGGGGGCCCUCUUUUAAAUCCUGUUUUGACCCAAGAUGGGAUUCGUAAAGGUCGUCAAGAAUAAGCAAUAUUUCAAGCGCUUUCAAGUUAAGUUCAAAAGGCGUCGUGAGGGUAAAACUGACUACUAUGCUCGUCUUCGACUCACCAUUCAAGUCAAGAAUAAGUAUAACACACCCAAGUACCGACUUAUAGUUCGAUUUUCGAACAAGGAUAUCACUUGCCAGGUCGCAUAUUCACGUAUCGAGGGUGACAUGAUAUUAUGUGCAGCUUAUAGCCAUGAAUUGCCUCGUUACGGAAUUAAAGUUGGCCUUACGAACUAUGCGGCAGCAUACUGUACGGGUCUUUUAUUGGCCCGAAGGCUGUUAAAGAAGCUUGGCUUAGACCAGUUGUAUAUAGGCUGCACUGAAGUAACAGGAGAGGAGUAUAAUGUUGAAGCUGUGGAAGAUGGUCCUGGUGCAUUCCGAUGCUAUCUUGAUGUUGGUCUAAUGCGCACUACUACAGGUGCACGUGUUUUUGGUGCUAUGAAAGGAGCUGUUGAUGGUGGUCUGAAUAUACCUCACAGCACAAAACGCUUUCCUGGUUAUGAUGCUGAAAGUAAGGAAUUUAAUGCUGAAGUGCACAGAAAACACAUAUUUGGCCAACAUGUUGCUGAGUACAUGCGUCAGCUAGCUGAAAAUGAUGAAGAAGCUUACAAACGGCAGUUUUCUAAGUACAUUAAACUCGGCAUAGAGGCAGACAGUAUUGAAGGUAUAUAUAAAAAAGCACAUGAAGCCAUUCGGGCCGACCCAGCUCGAAUUAAGAAGCAGAAAGAAACACCACCUGUUGUUAAGAGAUGGAACAGGGCCAAAAUGAGUUUGUCUGAACGUAAGAACAGAAUUGCCCAGAAGAAGGCAUCUUGGAAGAAGAAGUUGGAAGCUGGAGAAGUUGAUGCAUAAAGGUUUUUUGAAGGUUGAUAAAUGAUGAAGUUACUGAAAUUGAGAAUAUAAAGAAAAUAAUGUAAUA